AUGGUGAACUCCAAGAAGAUUAUUGAGAUGGCUAAGAAAUGGCAAAAGGUGGCUUCAUUGGGCAAAAGUGCCUCCUCAUCGCAGACCGGUGCUCAACUACAUUCUGAUGCUUGCAGUACAUCGGUAGCAGAGAAAGGUCACUUCAUUGUAUAUACCUCGGAUUCGAAAAGGUUCAUGGUUCCUUUGAGAUUUCUGGGGAGUGUUAUCUUUGUAGAACUCUUGAAGAUGUCUGAAGAUGAGCUUGGACUACCAAGUGAUGGUCCUAUUCUAUUGCCUUGUGACUCAGUGUUCAUGGAUGAUGAUGGAUCUCUAUGUGUUUCGUUCUUGCAUGAAAAAUUGGAUUCUCUGCCAAACGAAUUGCCGAAUGAUUGUUACAGUACAACGGAACUGUAUAAUCUACUGGUUGAUGUAGAUUGUUCAUUAGUUGUAUCAACCAUGUACUCUAUUGAGCUACCAUUGCUGUUGCUCGAUACUCAGCUUCAGUGA